UCUCCUGUCAGUUGUGUCGGCAAUUAAUACACACUGUGCUUUUGUGUUUCCUUUUUGGUUUUUAUUUAGUAUUAUUUAUUAAAAUUGGCCACAAACAUCUACUCUAAGAUGAGCGAAUCCUGUGUGGAGACUCCUGAGGCUCCUGCUUGGUUGUCGAAGUUAGAGAGCCAGCGAGAGAAACUCAGUAAAGCUAGACUUGGACAUGAUAGCGGCGCUGGCGCUCCAUGCAACUCUUGUGGACCAACAUGUCCAGGCCUGGAUUUACACUUUUGGAGAAAGGUGUGCCGUGCCUGCCAUUGCAGCAAAGACGUACACGAUGUUCAGGAUGAUGACUUGUCUGGUUGGGCGCAGUUUGAGCUGCUGGGAACUGCCAAACCUAAGAAAGCUUCUAUGCCCCUGAUCAAAAUUAGAGGAGUCACUGACAAGCCCGUGAAACUCGAUUGGGUUCCUCCAAAUGCUUCCACAGAGUUGGUGUCAGAGUACAUGUCAUGUCUCGGCCCGCUGGCGCCCGUGUCCGGAUCGGAAGCGGCUCGCAAACGUCGCGCGCAGCUUCGCACCCAGCUGCCUCCGCACGAUGUCGCGCCCGCUGCACGACACCACGCGUCCGACCAGGAGAAGUCGGAGCACACGGAAUACAUCACGCGCAUCAAAGACCAUGUGGUUGGUAUGGGUAACGUAGUCAGAGUUGGACCUCUUCAAAGUGGAGAGAUUUACUCAGUUGAAAACAGCAAGACGCAUGCUGCUCCAAAAUCGUACGCUCUCCCACUGAAGAUAUCAAACGUGUCUAGAGGCGUCAAGUACAAUAUAGUUCCUAAAAACGCGUCCGAUAAGAAACUUGUUUUGGACACACAGGGUAAUAUUGUCAGCAGUGCGGCUAACUUGCCAGAUUACAAAGCGAGUCCGAUAUUGAGCCGUAUUGUCAAAGAUAAACUUCAUAUCAUGCGUAUCGAGUCCGAUAGGAUCAAGAGUGCCGUGGAACACGGACCGGUAUAUGACAAACUAUUCAAAAACCUAAACGAUUUGAACAUGCCGGUAACCAAUGACGUGUAUUUGCAACCAAUAAAACUUUUCCGUGACGAAUACAAUAAAAACGCGCAGUUCAGAGAUGAAACGAACGAAUUCGCCCAUAAAGCCCUGGGAGCCCAGAUUAUGCCCGAUUUGUGGUCAACAAGCAAUAACAAUGUUAUGGGUAAUGCUAAGCUUAUCGAUAGUAGGAUACAGAAAGGGACGAUAUUCGCUCCGAAUGGUGAGAUUUGGAGUUGGAAACAUGAACCUACUACUCCUGAACUUAGUGGAACGAUUUGCUCCACGAAGAUAAGUCCGCAGUAUUCAACGAGCAGCAAGCCUAUGAAUCAAGUGGAGCCCCAACAAACUGCGCCCUUGAGAGACUAUCUCCGAAGUCACUCGGAAGAAGAUCUCCCGCCUCCGCCGUUGCCCAACUACAAUACUUAUCCUGGCGCUUUACCUCCGAACGCGGCAGGCAACGAAUGGAACAACCAGCCUUUGGAUAACGCCCAAAGCGACGAUAACAACGAAUAUUAUGCUCCUCAGGGAUCUUCAUACGGAGAAUUGAAUCCGAUCAUCGAUCAGCUAUCCGACAUGUCUCUUAACCCGGCAGAGCUUGAGUUCAAUAGAAAGCUAUACAACGAGGGGGUUCCAUGCCAGCGUUGCCAGAAGGCAAUGUUCGCCGGAGAGGUCGCGGUCAAAGCCGAGAGGGCAGGCCAGGAGGCCAUAUGGCACCCUCAGUGCUUCACUUGCAGCAAAUGCGGCGAACUUUUGGCCGAUCUCGUGUACUUCUUCUACAAAGGAGAGAUCUACUGCGCGAGAGACUUGGCGAAUGUUCUCGAUAUCCCUCGUUGUGCCGGUUGCGACGAGUUGAUAUUCACGCGCCCAUACACAGCUGCGGAGGGCCGAGCGUUCCACGUUCAGCACUUUUGCUGCUACCAUUGCGACGCUCCUUUGGGCGGUCAGAAGUACGUGCCCGAUGACAAGACUGGGUUGCCGAUAUGCUUGUCUUGCUACGACCAGUUUCACGCGGAGCGGUGCCGGGCCUGUGGAGGUGUUAUUGGACCGGAGCAACAGGGCGUGUCUUGGAGCAACACUCACUGGCACGCGGAAUGCUUCAUUUGCUCCGGCCGUAUGUGCGGCAAGAGCUUACUAAGCGGUCGCUUCGUCGUCAAACAAGAGAUGCCUUUCUGCAGCGUGCCGUGCAUCCAGAGCAGAAUCAAGUGAUAUUGAUGUGGCCAUUUAUAUUUAUACUUAUAUUUACUACUUGAUAUGCAGUAAAUCCUAAAUUAUGUAUUUUUGAUAGCUAUAUUUCUAAAGAAAAUAUUUACUUCUAGUUAAGCACUUGUUGAUAUUAUACAGAAGCUAUUUUUUGAAAGUUUACAUUUAUAUUAGCUCUACUUAAGACGGCAUUUAGAUAUUAUUGAAGUAAGAAUAUUAUUGGGACCACAGAAAGUGAUAAAAUAGUAUUAGAAGAGUUUACAGUAGUCACAAAUUUUACAUACGUAAAUCUAUUUUACAAGAAUUUUUAUGUAGAAAAGUGUGAGACGAAACAUUCCAUUUUGCCUUUUACAUAUCUCAGUUAUUGAUUGUAAUCACCUUUAUUUAAUUUCAUUAGUUGAUCAAUACUAAUUAAAAUCUAAGUUAAAAUGAUUCAUUCAUAUUUUAUGACAUUACAUGGUAAUUGGUAUUAUUAUUUUAUAAACUUUUCAUUAUUAGGUACUUAGUAUACUUUAAGCAAUAUUUUUAGUGCCAUCAAAUAUGUGCUUUGUAUUUUGAAAUGGCUGAAUAAAGAGGGUGAUUUAAAUAA